AUGGUCGAUAAGAAUGUGAUGAUUGGCACAUUGUUAACAUCAACUAAGAAAGAUUCCGAAUCAUAUCGUUCACGUUUAUCUGAAUGCUUAAGAGAAAGAAGUGGAAGAAAUCUUGAACCAUUUAGUCUUGUAUGGUAUGAUGCGUAUGUAAAUAAUAUUGAAGAGAAUCGACGAAUUCAACAUGAAUUACAAUAUUCAAUUAAUUUUAUUAAACUAUUCAAUGAUCCGAACGAAUGUCAAACAUAUGUCAACGAACGAAAAACUGAGAAAAUUAUCGUCAUUAUGUCGAAUAUAUACGAUAGUCAACUUCUUCAUCAUGUGCAUAAUCAAACACACGUUGUGGCUAUUUAUAUCUACCGUGGGAACAAUGAUAAAGCAAAUGAAUGGAGAAAAGAAUAUCCUAAGAUUAAAGCCGUACUAAGCAACUCGUCGGAAUUAGUUGAGAUAAUUGCUAUUGAUCAGAAAAAACGACAGAAACUGGAAGAUUCGAUUGGAAAUUUCGGUACUUAUUUUACUCCAAAUGAUCGAUCUACGAAGAGUUUGGAAAAUGAAAAUGGAGAUUUCAUUUGGUUUCAAUUAUUUAUUGAAACUUUACUUCGUAUGUCGAAUGCCGCUCUUCAUCCAUCUCGAAAAGAGUUUAUUGAAUUUAUUCGACAACAAUAUCAUGGUGAUGUUACUAAACUUCGUAUUAUUGAUGAACUCGAAUCAACCUAUGAAGCAAAUCAAGCAGUAUGGUGGUACACACGUAGUUCAUUUCUUUAUGUUAUUCUUAAUAAAGCAUUACGUCAACAAGAUUAUGUACUUCUCUUUACACUUCGUUUUUUUAUUCGUGAUCUCUUUCAUACUUUGAUCGAACAGAAGAACUUUAACGAAUCGAUUAUCCAUCUUUAUCGUGGUCAAGUUCUUGAUGUUGAGGAAUUAAAUAAUUUAAUUAAUAAUCAAGACAAAUUCAUUGCCAUGAAUAGUCUCCUGUCGACAAGUCGAGAUCGAUUGAUAGCACAGUGUUUCGCCGAAUCGGCCAUUGAUCCUGAAAAUGAUCGAUAUCGUGCAGUUCUCUUUGAAAUCGAAGCUGAUACGAAUCGUACAGAUACGAGACCAUUUGCUGAUGUUACGCAUAGUAGUUAUUAUGGAGGCAAUGAAGACGAGAUUUUAUUUAUGGCUGGAUCUAUCUUUCAUAUCGUUGAUGUUCAAAAAGCUUCCGAAGAUAAUGCAAUUUGGACGAUCAAAUUAGUUCUAUGUGGUGAACAAGAUAAUCAACUGAAUGAAGUUUUUACAAAUUUGAAAGCGACUUUAGCCGAUGAAACGGAUAUGGUAUCUGUAGGGAAAAUCUUAGAUGAUAUGGGUAAGCGUGAACCAGCAAAAUGUGCUUAUGAUCUUAGUGAUGAACAUAAGAGGAAUGAAACUAACGGUCGAUUCGGUAAUCCUAUGGUAUCAUAUACUGAAGGCGAAUAUUAUCCAGAAAUUAUUCAAACAUUUCAAAAAGGAGUGGUUAGAUUAACAGAGAAUAACGGUGAUCGAAAGGAUCUUGUAUUUAACUAUCAAGUUAUCGGUGCGACUCUUAACAAACUUAAACAAUAUGAUAGUGCACUUGAAAAUUAUUCAAAAGCAUUGGAUAUUCUUCUCGAUCUGUAUGGUCAAGAUCAUCUUAAAGUUGCAAUAAAUUACGAAGCUAUUGCUCAAAUUUAUGAAAAACAAGAAAAAUAUCAAUUGGCAAUAAUAUCAUGGAAAGAAUGUCUUCGAGUUCGACAACAACUUUUGCCAGAAGCACAUCCGACUAUUGCUGGAACAUUUCGUAAUAUUGGAGACGUAUACAAUGAUGUAGAUGAUUUUGAUCAAGCCUUAGCAAUGUAUGAAGAAGCAUUGAAAAUACAAUUAACCUCCUUACCAUCGAAUCAUCCAUCAACUGCAAAAACACAUCUACGUCUUGCUUGGAUCUAUGAACAAAUAGAUCAGUUUCAGUUAGCCUUGAAAAACUAUACAAUCGCUUUUGAUAUGUUAAAACUAUCAUACCCACUAGACCAUCCAUCACUCGUUCAAAUUCAAGAAGACAUUGACAAUGUUAAGAAAGUAUUAAAUCGAAUGUCCUGA